AUGAAAAACCCUCCACCAAGAUCAAAAUUCAUUGCUCCAACUCUUCAUAACUGUAAUAAUCUCGCAGGUAUCCACUACAUUGGAGACUUGCUGGAUCACAAGCCUUUCCGAUGCAUGCUGGACCAGAUGACCAAUGGCCAGCUGCAGUGGGAGCCAUUGGAUAACCCGUACGACUGGGUGGUCCUGGGACCCCCCGAAAACCGCCGGCGUUACCCCAUCUACAGCGGACGCACGCGCUUCCCCGAGGAGCUCAAAAAGUGCUUCCCUGGAGAGGAGAAGGCCAUAGAUGAGUACCUACGACUGGCCAAGAAAGCUGGAAAGGGCAUCUGGGUAUUGGCUCUUUUGAAACUCCUCCCCAGUCCCAUUGCCAAGUUCCUGGUCUACACUGGCCUCUGCAGACGCCUCUCCUUCUUCUUUGAAAUGGCCGACCGCAGCCUGACUGAAGUAGUGAACGGAUUGACUGAAAACAAAGACCUCAGAGCUGUUUUCACCUACAUCUUUGGCACUUAUGGAAACAUUCCAAAGGAUGCCAGUUUCUCCAUGCACAGUCUGCUGGUCACCCACUAUCUGAACGGUGCGUGGUAUCCAAAAGGGGGCGCCACUGAGAUCGCCUACCACAUGAUCCCCAUCAUCGAGAAGGCGGGGGGAGCUGUUUUAGUCCGUGCUCCAGUCAACCGAAUUCUGUUCAACAGUGAAAAUGAAGCUAUUGGUGUGAGUGUGAUGAAGGGUCAGGAGGAGGUCCAUAUCCGCGCUCCGAUUGUCAUCUCUGACGCUGGGAUCUUUAACACCUACCAGAAACUUCUACCCAAGGAGCUGCAGGCCAUGCCAGCGAUCCAGAAGCAGCUGAGUAUGAUGAAGAACGGAGACGGAGGCCUGAGUGUUUUUGUGGGGCUGGAGGGGUCGAAGGAGGAGCUCGGCCUUAAAGCAGACAACUACUGGAUCUUCAAAGAAAACAACUUUGACGAGCUUGUGGAGGAAUAUAUGAACGGUGACAAGGAGGAAUCUGCUAAAAACGUGCCUCUACUGUUUGUGGCAUCUCCCUCGGCCAAAGACCCAAUCUGGCAGAAAGAAAAUCCAGGAAAGUCCACAGUGAGCCUGGUCAGCUUUGCCAACUACUCAUGGUUUGAGGAAUGGAAGGACGGAAAAGUGACAAACAGAGCUCCAGAGUACAAAGAGUUAAAGCAGGCCUUUAUCGACUCUGUCCUGGAGAUGGUGAUGGACGUGUUCCCCAAAAUCACCAGAGACCGGAUUGAGUAUGUUGACGCUGGCACGCCCAUCACAAACACUCACUACAUCGGGGCUCCCAAAGGUGAGAUCUACGGAGCAGACCACGGGAGGGAACGCUUCAGCCCUGAACUCAACGCCACCAUCCGCCCACAAACACCGCUCAAGAAUCUCUAUCUGACAGGUCAGGAUGUGUUUCUGUGUGGUUUUGCUGGAGCUCUGGCUGGAGCUCUCACCUGUGGCUCCGUCAUCCUCAAACGAAACCUGCACCUGGACACCGUCGCUCUGGCAAAGAAAACCAAACUAAUUAAACAGAAGGGGGACUAAUUUCUAGAACUGAAUAAAUAAUCCAAAUUUAAUUAAAACACCAAAUAAACAGAAUGGAUAGGUUCAUGUGAAAUCUGUUCAUCAUUCAUUCAUCCAUUUUUCAAAAUAAAACCAAAAAUAAGAAAACAAAAAAAACAUUAUUGUCUCCAAAACCAAGAUGACUUAAACUGUGAUGCCAGACACACAUGGACUAAACCAGGACUAAACCAGGACUGAACCAGGACUGAACCAGGACUGGACUAAGACUAAACCAGGUCUAAACCAGGACCAGGUUUAGAUCAGAAAAUAACGUAAUAUGGACCCUUUAAUUACUUCAGUUUUAUAUUUUUGUAAACACAAUCGAAAACGAAAAAAACAAAAACAAAAUCAUUAUCCAUUUUUUUCAUUUUGGUUUUAGAGACAAAUAAUGAUGAAAAGAUUUUUUUCGUUUUUUAUUUUUGGUUUUAUUUUGAAAAACGAAUGAACGAAUUAUACACGGAUUAUGUGAUAACACAAUAUUUCUGUCUCAGGAGUUUAACGCUGAGCAGGAGCAGGUCAGAGUUAUAUGGUGGAAUUUGCUGUUUAACUCAAAUUGCAAAUUUAUUGACCUGGUUUAUGGUUAAUGUUUCUGUAAUUACCGGGCCUGUCCACAUGAAACAAAAACUAGCACAAAGUUUGAUGUUUUCCCUGGCAGCACUAUAGACUGUAUAAAGAAGUGCACUUGUCUUGGUAUAAUUUUUGCAGAGACCAAAAUAAUACAUCUCCAUGGAAUCAAAUCCAACACAUUUUUUUCAUGAUUGCAAUUUAUGUUUUCAAAUCUGGAUUCAGUUCACAAUGCACAUUUUAAACUGAGACAAAAAUAUGAAUUUCUAAUUGCUCAUAUGAACUCUUACAAGAAAUCCCAUACUCAGACUAUAUUGUAAAACUGUUCUAAAAAGCCACAAGUUCUUUUGUUUUCAGAGGAUGUUCUGUUAUGAUUUCUAUGCUUCAGAUUGCAAAUUCUAACUUUUAUUGCAAUGUACUGUGUCUCCCUUCUGUAAUCUUUGUGUAACCCACCAACCCUGUAGUUUAAACAAGACCACCUCUACAAAAUGUUCUGAAAUACAUGCUAUUGAAAGUGACUGAUCAUAAUGCAUUGACACUAACACAACUGAAUAAUCUGGGAGAAAAAACUACUAGUAGCUCUUCUUACUGUGACCAUUUAACUGAACACUGAAGAUAAGCUCAUGUUUUGUAGUUUAACUGAUCGUAACAGUUUUAUAUAGCACUUUUAAAUACUCUAUGCAUUAGAACAUUGUUGUAAGCAAAAAACCCUCCUUAUUUAGUAACAUAAUUUAUGCAGAAUGAAGAAUUGGUUAAGAGACAGGACAACCUUUUUUUACUUGAACGUGCAAUAAUACAAACUAAACAUUUGUGCCUGAUGACUGUGUAGCCUCAUAUAUCAAACAUUUGAACUGUUAUUCAGAUUUUUUGUGUGUGUUUUGUAAUUUUGGAUAAAAAAAAUAUGGUAACUCUUCUGAAUGUUAAAUUAAAAGUCCUAUAUUGCGCAAAA